ACAACCGAGGCUGUUUUAUAGCUAAUGCGCGCGACACUGAACGUCUGUGAAACAGCACAGGAUAAACGCAGUUCAGUGUGUGAGCGCUCAACAGGGUGCUGAGUAAAGACGACUGCUGAACCGGACCAGACGCCGAAACACAUCAAAAACAACGAGAAGACGACAUGAAGGAAAAGAAUUUAAUCGAAACGGCCAAAAUGCAGGGAAACGUAAUGGAAAUGGUUUGAUUGUGCAUGCAAACGGAGCGUGCUUGGCCUGUACACAGUGGGGAACGAGGUGUGGUGAGGCGGAGUUGGGGCAGAAACGCUGGAACCACUGACUCAACAAACUGAUAAGGGCAGAAUUACCAGUAGUCAGACAGCUGUGUGGUGCUGUUGAUGAGGUAGAACUGAUGAUAAGGUCUUCAUGGCUGCUUGAGGAUAAGGGAACGAUAUGGUGCUGAUAAGCAGAUGUGCCUGGCUCAAGCUUUUCUGUGAUGAUAACAGAUGCUCUGCUCUCCCGCAUGAUGCUGUCAGUGACGAGGAGCUGGUGGGAAGUAACCCUUCGCAGAGGAACUGGAAGGGAAUAGCGAUCGCACUGCUUGUCAUUCUGGUCAUCUGCUCUCUGAUCGUCACCUCCGUCAUUCUGCUGACUCCAGGUGAGGAUGAUAGCCUGGCCUUUAAGGGGAAAGUGACAGUUGAAGAAAUCUUCAAGAAAGACUUCAAGGUUCAUGACCCAAAUGCUAAGUGGAUCAGCGGUAAUGAGCUCCUGUAUCGCACCCGUGAGGGUGACGUGGUCCGCUUUAACAUGGAGACCAACGAGAGCACAAUCCUGGUCACAAACAGGAAGUUUGAAAUGUACAAAGCCAGCAAGUAUGAAAUUUCUCCAGAUAUGAAACUCGUUCUGCUGGCCUACAAUGUCCAGCCGGUUUACAAGCAUUCAUUCACUGCGGACUACAUCAUUUGCAGUUUGGAAAAUCCGGAAACAUGGAUCCUGAACCCUCCAGAAGUGAGGAACGCUCAUCUGCAGUACGCAGGAUGGGGGCCACAAGGCCAGCAGCUGAUUUUUAUAUUUGAGAAUAACAUUUACUACCGAGCCACUGUGGGGAACAGAUCCAUUCGCCUGGUUUCUACUGGAAAGGAGGGUGUGAUAUUUAAUGGCCUGAGCGACUGGCUGUAUGAAGCGGAGAUCUUCAAGUCCCAUAUUGCCCACUGGUGGUCUCCAGAUGGAGCCCGGCUCGCAUACGCAACCAUAAAUGACACCCUGGUGCCCAAAAUGGAGAUCCCGAUGUUUACUGGCUCUGUCUACCCCAUGUCGAGACAAUACCACUACCCUAAAGCAGGAGAAGAAAAUCCGGUCAUCUCGCUGUACGUUGUGAAUCUCAAUGGUCCUUUGCACACUAUUGAGAUGAGGCGGCCAGAGGACCAGAGAAUAGGAGAGUACUAUGUGGCAAUGGUAAAAUGGGCCACCAGUACUAAACUGGCUGUGAACUGGUUGAACCGAGCCCAGAAUAUCUCCAUCCUGACUCUCUGUGAAGCCACAACAGGUGUUUGCACCAAGAAACAUGAGGAUGAAAGUGAGGGUUGGCUACACAGACAGAAUGAAGAACCGCUGUUCUCUAAAGAUGGACUCAGGCUGUUCUUCACCAGAGCAAUACCACAGGGAGGACGAGGGAAGUUCUUUCACAUCUCCAUGUCUAUCUCACAGGCCAACAGCAGCACAGAUACUCUACAGUCUAUCACAUCUGGAGACUGGGAUGUCACACAAGUUCUGGCCUAUGAUGAGGACAGCCAGUUAAUAUAUUUCCUGAGCACAGAGGACAACCCUAAAAGAAGACAUCUGUACAGCGCAGACACGGUCGGCACCUUCAACCGCCGCUGUCUGUCCUGUGAUUUUACUGACAGCUGUGGGUACGUCACCGGCUCCUUCAGUCACAACAUGGACUACUUUCUGCUCAACUGUAAAGGUCCUGGAGUCCCAUUUGUGGCAGUAUACAGCACCCACGACAAACAGAAUGUGUGUGACAUUGAACUGAAUUUGAACUUGAGGAUAACAGUGAACUCAAUGCAGAUGCCGAAAGUGGAAUACAGGAAGAUAAACAUAGAGGAUUACAGCCUCAGCAUGCAGAUCCUCAAACCUGCGGGCUUUAUAGACACAUCACAAUACCCACUUCUGCUUCUUGUAGAUGGUACUCCAGGCAGUCAGUCGGUUUCAGAGCAAUUCCACAUAGACUGGGCGUCAGUGCUGGUCAGCAGUUUUGGAGUGGUCGCUAUGCGCUUCGACGGCCGUGGAAGUGGCUUUCAAGGGACCAACCUUCUCCAUAAGGUGCAGCGCAGGCUGGGGAUGUUUGAGGAGAAAGACCAGCUGGAGGCUCUCAGUGUUAUGCUACAGGAGCCCUACAUUGACAAGAGCAGAAUUGGAGCUUUCGGGCAGGUGUAUGGAGGUUACAUUACAAGUCUUCUGCUUAGCUCUGAAGAAUCCAUGCUCAAGUGUGCUGCAGUUCUCUCACCUAUCACAGACUUUGCACUAUAUGCUUCAGCUUUCUCUGAGAGAUAUCUGGGUCCUCCUAAGCCAGAUCGAAGGGCAUAUGAGAUGGCCAACCUUGCGUACAGAGCGUCUCAGUUCAUCGAUAAGAAGUUUUUAAUCAUUCAUCCAACUGCAGAUGAAAAAGUCCACUUUCAGCACACAGCCAAAUUCAUCUCCAGAUUAAUAAGUGAGAGGGCAAAUUAUACACUGCAGAUUUACCCAGAUGAAGGUCACUUCAUUCACAAAGAGGGAACGCGGCAGCACCUCAGUCAGUCACUGGUCAACUUCUUCGAAGAGUGUUUCAGACUCCCAGAUCGAGUGUUUGAGGAGGCACUAGAGGAGGAGAGCGAAGAAGAGGGUUAGUACACCCGACCGGGUCAUAUCCGAGCACAAAGCCAGCUCCUUUUGCUACAUAAUAUGCAACCCAUAGAUUUCAGCCGUCCUUCAGUUUUCUUCUCAACGGUCCCUCCGCACCUCCGGUGUAGCAUGCUGACUCUGAGACUGCCCUGCCUCAUGUUCCUGCUCCUCAUACGCUCUCUCCAUCCACGAACCGCCACACGGCGUGGCACGUGGCCGGCGCCACGCCAUCUCUCUCGACCCGGCAGGCCAGUUAUGAGCUCACGAGGAGGUUAUGAAGAAGACGCAGUCUCCGAUCUGUCCAUCACGUUGACGGAUGAGAUGCUGUGAUAUUAACCCGGUGCUGAGUGUGAUGGGCUUUGAAUCCCAAUAAGCUGUGAAACUCACAGGAGACUCGAGGCUUAACCGCACAAUACCUGGAGUUGAAACAGCAGGACGGAUGGGUCAUUUGGUGUUUGUUUCAAAUAGAUAUUCGGUGUUUCGCUAACGGAAGUUGGGUGUUGUAGAGAGAAUGUGUCAUUUGUGGUUCAAACGAUCUUCUCAUGUCCAGUUGUGCUCGUGUCUGGUGUUGCAAUGUAAAGUCGCACAUGAAAACAUUCACUCGGGUAUCGAUAAAACUUGUUUUCAGUGUUCAAGCGUGGAAAUCUUAUAACCUCAAGUGUGUAUUUAGAUGGUGUUUAUUCAUUGCGAAAAUCUCAUCAAGCUAAAUGGGAGCAAAAACGAUUAUCAUUCUUUGCGACCAUGACAGUUUUUUAAGACUCUUCUUAGUGUGCGUGUGUUUUUUUUUAAGUGAUGGUCUGUCAGUGCUAGAGAAAGCACACAACUGUAUCUUGAUUUAGUCACUGUGCCUUAUUAUGGGGGCAGACAAUCCUUGCACUUAUACAAGGAGCCUCCUUAUAAAUAACACGAGUCAUUAAACUCUUCUGUUUGAUUGAUGGACAAAAUGUCUGUACUUGCAUCAACUUGAAAUGCAUCAACUGUAAUAGGAUUUUGAUGACACUGUUGUUAGUAAAUUAAGUUUGUAUCAUACUUUUAUUUGUGCAUGUGUAAGCUACUGUAGUGUUGUUUUAUUGUCAACAUAAGCAAACUCACGCUGCGUCCUGCUAAUAGUGGUUUUCCAUUCACUUUAAGAAUCAAGUAAUGGAGCAUGAAAUGAAAAUGUAUGAUUUCAACAUUACCUCAGUAUUAAGCUAAAACCUCUUAGAGGGCAUCAAAAGACAGUUUGUAAUACAUCUGUUUUACAAACACAUGCCCGAAAAAUCUGUACAUACAUUGAGCAUAAUGAGUAUUAAAGGAAUAAUUUAUCUAGAACUUAUAUUUGCUCAUCCUCAUGUCUCUUUAAACCCGUCUUGCUUCUGUUGAACUAAAGGAUCUCAGUGGAUGGAUCGAACAACACAAAUGAUGUCAAGCAGAAUGUUUACACUUUCUUUUCCAUGCAAUAUAUGUGACCCUGGACCACAAAACCAUAAGUAGCACAGGUAUAUUAGUAGCAAAAGCCAAAAUUUCAUCAUUUCAAAAAUCAUUAGAAUGUUACAGUAAGUAAAGAUCAUGUUCCAUGAAUAUGUUUUUUUUUACAUUUCCUACCAUAAAUAUAUUAAAGCCUUAUUUAUCAUUAGUAAUAAGGACAAAUUUGGACAACUUUUGGGCAAGAUUUUCGCAAUAUUUCGAUUUUUUGCACCCGCAGAUUGCAGAUUUUCAAAUAUUGUCCUAUCCUAACUGUCGCCCCAUUCAGACAGCCAGCGACCAGCAGUAGCAGAGAGACGCAAUCUCAUUCAUUUCAAUGGAAACCGGGCGACUUCCGGCGGUAUGAGCGAAAGUGACCGUUGGCAACCGUAUGGGCGUGUCCAGCGACGCGAGAAAGUUAAGAAAAGUUUAACUUUAUGCAAAUGUCGAGCGAAUUUUGGGAGUGACUACCAAUGAGAACGAAGCAGUGGAGUUCACGUCAUCCUUUUCUUGUCAGUUCCUGGCGUGGAUUGUACUCAUUUGUUUAUGACAAGCAGGUUUAGAAACGCCUCAUUGAAAGAGACGUAUGACUCACAGCGAUAACAUCGCUGGCUGUCUGAAUGCGGCUUGUGGGUUUACAACAGACGCGAGUUCAGCGAUUUGCGCGAGUAUAUUACAUACAAAGUCAAUGCAAA